GGCUCACGAGCUCCCCAGCCACACCCCAACUCACAUUCAGGCUGUGCGGAUCCACGAGGGCGAAUGGGGAGCUCAUGGAACCGUCAAAUUCUGGAUCUAAACUCUUGGUACAGUGCACGAACUUGAAUUUUUUGCCGGCGGAUUGAAGCAUGCUCUGUUUUUUUUCUAACACUCUGUUUUUCCAACACUCUGUUUUUCGUUCUGUCAAAAUAAAAAACAGAGGGCAAGCUGGAGGUUUUCAAGGAGAGGGUGGAGCACGACGAUGCGAAGAAAAUGGUGAAGCUGAAUGGGCUGGAAGGGGACGUGAUGAAGCUCUACAAAGUCUACAACAUAAUCUACGAGUGCGUGGCCGGCGGCAAUGGCGACGGGAAGAAGCAGGGGACGGCGAAGCUGACGAUUGAGUAUGAGAAGAGGAUGCCGAGUGUGCCGCCUCCGACCAAGUACGUGAACCUCAUCACCCUCCUCGUCAAGGAGGCGGAUGCAAACCUUGCUAAAACCGCUUGAUUGAUCGAUGAAUCCAACUCGAUCAUCGAUUUCGCGCCCGGUUAAUAACUGCUGCGUGAUCUUCUGUGUAUCCAGUGUAUGUUUGCGAAGAAUCCAUGUUGCAGAAGUAUGUGUACACUGUCGAUCAAGAGUGUGCUUGUUUGUAUGGCUGUUGGUUGUAAGGUGUGUUUAGCCAAAAUAAAAGGGAUGGUGAACAAUGUAACUAAAAUCUCCCUUUAAAA